ACACAAGGAAGAAGAUCCAUACAAGUGUAGAACUAGACAGAGUAGAAACAGCAGCAAGCAAGACGUAUAAACGAGAACAAAGGCAAGAUCACAGGAGAAGCUUUGCUAGAUAGCUAGCUGAGAUUGAUUUAUGAUGGUGGCCAAGGCGGAGAUGAGCGCCAUAGAGAUGGAGAAGGCGACGAGCGACGGGGAGGUGGUGCUCGGCGCCGGAGACGAGGAGGAUGACGACGACGUGGUGCUGCCGGGGUACCGGUUCCACCCCACCGACGAGGAGCUCGUCACCUUCUACCUCCGCCGCAAGGUGGCCAAGAAGUCGCUCCGCAUCGAGGUCAUCCGGGAGAUGGAUAUCUACAAGCACGACCCAUGGGAUCUCCCCAAGGCGAGCACGGUUGGUGGGGAGAAAGAGUGGUACUUCUUCUGCCUGAGGGGCAGGAAGUACCGGAACAGCAUCCGGCCCAACCGGGUCACCGGCUCCGGCUUCUGGAAGGCCACCGGCAUCGACCGGCCGAUCUACUCCGCCGCGGCCGGCGGCUCCGGCGUGUCCAUCGGGCUGAAGAAGUCGCUCGUUUACUACCGUGGCAGCGCCGGCAAGGGCACCAAGACCGACUGGAUGAUGCACGAGUUCCGGCUUCCGCCGGCCGCCGCCCCGGCCACCAACGCCUCCCCGAGCAUGCAGGAAGCCGAAGUGUGGACCAUCUGCAGGAUCUUCAGGAGGACCAUCACCUACCGCAAGCAGCAGACGUGGAGGCCGGCGCCGGCGCCAUCCACCGCCAUCACUGCUGCCGACUCGAGCUCCAACACGGGGAGCUUCGAGUCGUCGGAGGGCGGUGACGAGUACAUGAACUGCCUGCAGGCUCCGGCAGCCGCCGCUCCUUGCAUCCCCCAGCAGCAGCACCAGUAUGUCAGUCAGACGGGCACGGUGAACAGCGGCAACUUCUUCUACAGGGACACCAUGCACAACCAGCAGUUUCAGGGACAAUGGAACGCUCCGCCUGCCGGGCCGAUGCCGGAGCAGAAACCACAAAAUCCAUUGUCGACGGCCGACUCCUUCCACCAGAAUGAACAUAGCCUCGCCGUCGCCACCAACGAUUUCCACAAGGUCGAGGCCCUCGACGGGUAUUUGGAGGAGAUCGCGAGGAUGAUGGAGGUGACUGAUCCGGCAGGGUUUUACGACUACAGAUCAUACGGUUCAUCAGCAGGAAACAGAGGGCCGAGCUUCGAACGCACCCUCCACUCCUCGGCUCCAUAGGCUCCCGCGAGUUCGCCGACGGUCCGGUCCGGCCCCCUCUCUCGCCGCCAUCGCCCGGCGGCUUCGGCAACACCAUGGUUCGCCCUCCUUCCCACACCGGCCGUUCUCGCGUCGUUCUAGAGAAGUUCAGUAUCGAUGAUCUUCAGGGAAGCUGAAAGGUGGCGGAACAGCGACAGUGUGGAAGCUUCCUGCCGAUCCGUCUGCCCAAUUCGGGAUGGGGUUUACUGUUCCGACGUCGACCGGGUAGUACUCGGCUGCUACCUUCUGGUGCCUAUUGGGUACAUCGGAAGGUCUUGAAGUGGAGGCCCGGCGGCGAGUGUGGUCUCGGGUGGUCCGGGGAAACAGCAGCAGUCACUUACUGUAGCAGCCGUGCCCCCCUGCGCCGCGCUGGUCCAGAGGAACAGUAUACAAGACAACGAUAGCAGUCUUGCGGUGCCUGGCUGGGCUCAUGUAUCUGUCAUGAAUUGAGGAACUUGUGGUUGAACUAAAUCAUUUGAUUGGGUCCAUCUUGUCCUUGUGAACAUGUAUCUUGAUAAUGUCACCGAAAUCCUAAUCCUGUGUG